AUAACCAUCCACACAAAAUGUAUUGGGUUCUUUGUUUCUUUUCCUUUAAUUCACCCAGAACAGGUGUACCCAAAUUCCACUACCAUACGCUCUAUCGGCGUAGUAGUGAAGAAUCAGAUUCUAAAAUUAGAUCACCUUACCGGGUAUAUCACUAUGAGGGGCACAGAGACCAUAUUCACCACUCGCAUGUGUUGUCAUGAAACCUCCAGCUAUAUCAUCUGUACCUGUAACACCUUACAACCUUUUUCUCCCAAUGAUACCAAAUUCAUUAGUGUGCAGUCUUUGCAUGGCCACGCUGACGCUAUCCAGGUUUCCCACACACAAUGGUGCGUCAUCAGCGAGAUGAACUCUUUCUCGUAUGGAGAUCUGACCUGUCCAGCAAACCACACUUUCUGCUUGGAAGUGACGGAAGAUUUGGCCAUGGGUCAGAUCAACAUUCUAGGCCGAGUUCCACUGGAGGUAGACGUCUCCCCGUGGUGGGAGUACACAUUCUACGAACAAGGAACGCGGGCCCUGACUGACCUAAUGAGUUUGGUAGAACAGAUCAUCCGUGACACCAAUUACCACAUCAACCAGGCUCAGGUGGAGGUGAAUCUGGCCGAAAGAACAGCGGAGAUCCUGGCCAGCUCCUCUACCCGGUCCGCCCAGGACGCGUACACCUGGUGGGAUUGGGUGUUCCGAGGGUGCGUCAUCGCUAGCGCAGUCAUCUUUACCAUCACCCUGGUUCAAUGCUGUUAUUUUCGACACCUGAUACACUCUCUGCGCACCUCCACUCAUGCUGCAUUGGUUCUCAGCCCCCUCCAGUUGCCAGCGAGGCCGGGCUUGAGACCAUAAACACCGGACCUGGACUGCUGUCAAAGUUGGGCAUUUUCAGUGACCCCUGGGACAGCGUUCUGUUUGUCCCACGGGGCCAGAGAGGGGAAUCUGUAAGGCCCACGGAAACAGGCAUAGAGUGGAAUUUCCUCUCUGACUGUCGUAAAGCAAUUCGCCAGGUGCAGAGUCUGAUAUUGUUGGGACAGAGUGACCCGUAAGACCUUGGCAUCUGGUUUUGCGACAGUUAACA